GUCUGUCUGUCACCCUGGGGCCCUGUGUCAACAGCAGAGGGAAGAAGAAGAAGAGACAGAGGAGGAAACCAGAAAGUAACACUGCUGCAAAAAUGGACCUGCGGUCUGAGCUGCUCAAGUCUAUUUGGUACGGCUUUACAGCCCUGGACCUGGAGAAGAGUGGAAAGGUGUCUAAGUCUCAGCUGAAGGUAUUAUCCCACAAUCUGUGCACGGUCCUGUGUAUCCCACAUGACCCCGUCGCUUUGGAGGAGCACUUUAGAGAUGACGAUGAUGGUCCAGUUUCCAGUCAAGGCUAUAUGCCUUAUCUCAACAAAUACAUUUUGGAUAAGGUUGUGGAAGGCUCUUUUACGAAGGAAAGCGUAGAUGAACUCUGUUGGACUCUUACGGCAAAGAAAAACUACCAGACAGACAGAAACAGCAGCACAGUUCUGCCAGAAAAGGAUGCUUUUCGACUUUGGUGUCUCUUUAAUUUUCUGUCUGAGGACAAAUACCCUCUGGUUAUGGUUCCUGAUGAGGUGGAGUACCUCCUCAAGAAAAUAUGCAUGGGCAUGAGUAUUGAGUUCAACUGUGUUGAAUUAGAGGACUUUUUCUCCCAAGAUUCAGUGCAGCGGAGUGGCAUCACUGUGUGGAUUUUUCUGGAGAUGAUGAACUCAGGAAAGAUAACCAGAGGAAUUGAUAAGAGCAUAAUCAGCAUGGCAAUAGAAGAAGUAUACAGGGAGAUAGUCGGUGAUGUUCUCAAAGAGGGUUAUCUAUGGAAAAAAGGCCAACUGAGGAGAAACUGGAAAGAACGCUGGUUCACCCUGAGGCCGAGUAACUUGUCUUACUACACUAGUGAGGACCGUAAAGACUGCCAGGGAAACAUAGCUUUGGAUGGGAACUGCUGUGUGGAGGAAGUAGACGAUGAUCAGAUAUUGUUUGGUCGUUCAAAAUGGAUCAAAAACAUCCUUUUCCCAGUGCUGCCAGACCGAGAUGGGAAGAGAUGCAUGUUUUGUCUUAAAACCCUCUCCAAGUCUUAUGAGAUGAGCGCCUCAGACACCAAACAGAGACAGGAGUGGACUACAGCCAUUCAGACAGCUAUCAGGCUGCACGUGGAGGGGAAAAAGUCCCUGCACAAAGAUCUGAAACUGAAGCGGCGUGAACAGCGUGAGCAGCGGGAGAAGAGACUACAUGCUAAGGAGGAAGAGCUGCAGAGGUUGCGGGCCCUGCAGGAGGAGAGGGAGCGCAAGCUGGCAGAGCUUGAGCUCCUGAAGGAAGCACAAAAGCAGGCUCAGGCCCUGCUGGAGCAGGAUGAGCAGAGGAGGCGUCAGCAGCAUGAGCAGCUCCAGCGGGCUCUGGAGGUCCAGCUGCGAGAAGCUGAGGAGGCGCGAGUCAGUAUGCAGGCAGAGAUGGCCCUGAAAGAGGAGGAGGCAGAGAGGCAGAGGAAGAGAAUCCAGGAGCUGGAGGAGAUGCAGAAGCGUUUGGAGGAGGCCCUGCAACAGGAAAUCAAAGCGAGGCUGGACGAGGAGGCCUUCCGCUAUGCUCAAGCAGGAUUACUGGCCGAGGAGGAGGAGAAGAUGAAGGCACUGAUGGCUCUGCAGGAGGAACAGGAGGAGUACAUCCUGAAGACACAGAGGGAGAAGCAGGAGCUCAAGCAGGAAAUGGAGGUCAAGUCUCGAUCUCUGGAUGAGGCACAGAGGCAGUUGGAGGAAGUCCGUGCCAACCGGCACAGAGUUGAUCAGGAUGUAGUGGCUGCACAGAGGAAACUUCGCCAAGCAAGCACCAACGUCAAACACUGGAAUGUCCAGAUGAACAGACUGAUGCGACCGAUCGGACCAGGAGAGAAGAGACCAUCAUUAGGAAGCUCUUUCUCAGCGUUCCAGAUCCCGACUCAAAGAGAUCCUGGGCUACGUCUCAGGAGGAGAUCAGGCUCGGAGGAUCAGAAUGAGGAGAGCAAAGAGAAUGUUGAAAACAGAGCUGGGUGUGACUUGGAGAAACGCCACUCCCAUGCCUCCAAUGGUGACAUGGAUAUACCCUAAAAACAUAAAAUCAGCUCACAUCUGCUCACACUGUGGGGUUUUCUGACAGGGAGGGCAAAGGUUGGCUGUCUAAUAUGUGAACAAUGUGUAAAAACAGUUUGACAUCUACACUUAAAACUGAAUUUACUGUACUACCAUUUGUAUUAAUGGCUGGAUUUACUGACCUCAUUUCACAAAUAGCGACGGCCUAAAACAUUUAAGUGAGAAGUUGCAUUUGCAGAAUUCACUGCUCAGCUAACGCUUAGGUCACGGCCCGUGUGAAUAAGUCUUCUCUUAAUACUUCCUCAGUGCAAAGAAGAUGAGCUGGAUGAGUUACUGAAAGUAUCGAGUUGAUGUGGAAAUUAUGAUACGUAUAUAAACAGUGUAAUGGAAGUUCACUUUAAGCUCUGUAACACAACAUUUAUUUUAAUAUUUACAUAUUUGGGGUGCAGUUUGAUGUUUUUGAAGCUUAUCCUGAUAUCUGUAAAAAGCUGGUUGAGUAUUAGGGUAACACUCCUCACAAACAGGAAAGAGACAGAGGAUGGGGAGGGGAGGCACUCUUCUUGAACUUCCUGUUUCUUUUGUCAUAUAACGUAACUGUAAAUAAAAGAGUGAAUUAAUGCCAUAACCAGA